UUACUUAUUUCUUAAAUUUGGAAAUGUGGCUACCUUCCCUUCCACCUUUCUCUUUGUGCUUGGGAUGCCCAAAACUUUAGUGUUCCUCUUCAUAUGUCUUUCUUAACAGCCAACAUUUCCCACAUCUUUGUUUAUCAACCUUUUUGGGCCCAAUGGCAUAUCUGCAAAUCACAGAAACUAUCAUGAGUGCAAAACACACGCAGCAAACUUUUCUAUUGAAUGCAAUAGGAUGUUUCUUUGAAGUCUAAUUUUAGCAGGAGAGUGGGACCCUGUAGGUACCAGGGAAGGCCCUUGUAUGCAUGUGUGCCCACAGUGCCCCCUGUGUAAACUGUUGCAGCUACUCUGUCCCCCUGCAGGUUUUUAGGUAUUCCUGAAGGUCCCAAAGAAGUCAACUGCUCUUUUCUUGGUUAUCUCUCCCUAGCAAUUCCUCCCUUGGCAUUUAAUACACAUGCUAAAGCUAGGUGCUGUUUCCCUUAUCUGUUUCUCUUUGUUUCUGCCUUUGCUCUUGAGUUGUAGUUCUUUUCCAGUGUGUGUCUGCCUUGCAGUCCCCAGCCUUGUCUCAUGAGGUGGCGAGGGGUUUCUAAAAACAUCAAAGAGCCUUCUGGGUCAGGAUAAUGUCCCACAUAGUCCAGCAUCCUGUUCUCACAUUGGCCUACCAUAUGCCUCUGGAAAUCCUAAAUGUAGGACCUGAAUGCAACAGGAGUCUCCUCUUCCUCUCUUAAAAAAUAUCAUGCUCAAUACUUGACUGUCAUCGUGCUCUACUACUGAGUGUUCAUUUUGUACUAAUUUCUUGGGAGUCAUUGAAUACUGUUCAUGCAGUGCCCUUGACCAUUUCUAGCUGGAACCAACAAAUACUUUGAGAUGGUUCACUGUACAUACUGACUGACUAAACUGGUAACAGAUGCAGAAACCUAAGAUCAGAAAGAAAGGGCUGUAGUUGGGAACAGUAGGACUUUACAUGGUUUUGCCCUGUCUGUCAGUGUAGGUUACAAUGUUAUAUAUUCUUUAUAUAUCAUGGAUUACUAUAUAUAUCUAAAUUGGAAUGAUCUUUUGCUUUAUUGUGGCUCAGGAAGUGACAUAUUAUCUGCUCUAUCUCUCUUUAUCUGAACAUGUGCUUAUGGCAUCACAGAGACCGAAAGGACAAGAUAAUAAAGUGCAAAAUGGUUCUCUUCAUCAGAAAGAUACAGUUCACGACAACGAUUUUGAGCCUUACCUUUCUGGACAGUCAAAUCAGAAUAACAGUUAUCCAUCAAUGACAGAUCCCUACCUGUCCAGUUAUUACCCGCAUUCUAUUAGCUAUCCCUACUCUCUCAGUGAAGCACCAUGGUCAACUGGAGGAGACCCUCCUAUUCCAUACCUCACUCCCUAUGGACAGCUCAGUAAUGGUGAUCAUCAUUUCAUGCAUGAUGCUGUUUUUGGACAGCCUGGUGGACUGGGGAACAACAUUUACCCGCACAGAUUCAAUUUUUUCCCUGAAAACCCACCUUUCUCUGCAUGGGGAACUAGUGGAUCCCAAGGGCAGCAGACUCAGAACUCAGCUUACGGAAGCAGCUACAGCUACCCGCCCAGUUCCCUCGGUGGUACUAUGGUGGACGGGCAGACAGGAUUUCAUAAUGAUACUCUAAACAAAGCUCCUGGAAUGAACAGCAUCGAGCAGGGAAUGGUUGGACUGAAGAUUGGUGGGGACGUCACAGCUUCUGCCGUGAAAACAGUAGGUUCUGUGGUCAACAGUGCUGGGAUGACAGGCGCUUUGUCUGGCAAUGGGGGAUCAAGUAUAAACUUGCCGGUAUCUAAGCCAACCUCUUGGGCUGCAAUUGCUAGCAAACCCGCAAAGCCUCAGCCCAAGAUGAAAGCAAAAAGUGGUCCUGUGAUAGGAGGGGCUUUACCUCCGCCACCUAUUAAACAUAACAUGGACAUUGGUACCUGGGAUAAUAAGGGACCUGUGGCCAAAGUUCCAACUCCUCAGCAGAUCCCUUCCCCUCAAUCAGUCCCACAGCCACAAAUCAUUCAGCCUAUUCCUGCCCAGCCACCUCCACUGGCCCAGCUGCCAUACCAGAACCCUCAGCCGCCGCCAUCUCAAAACCGGUGGGUGGCGCCUCGUAACAGAAAUGCAGCUUUUGGCCAAAGUGGAGGAACUGGUAAUGAGAACAACUCGCCUGGCAAUACCCCAGCAAACUCCAUCCCAGGCAGCGAAUCACACCCUGUCCUUGAAAAACUGAAAGCUGCUCACAGUUAUAACCCGAAGGAUUUCGAAUGGAACCUUAAAAAUGGACGCGUGUUCAUAAUAAAGAGCUAUUCUGAGGACGAUAUUCAUCGUUCCAUUAAAUAUUCCAUUUGGUGUAGCACAGAACAUGGCAACAAGCGUUUGGACAGUGCUUUCCGCUCUAUGAAUAGUAAGGGUCCAGUCUACUUAUUAUUCAGUGUCAACGGCAGUGGACAUUUCUGUGGAGUGGCGGAAAUGAGGUCGCCAGUAGAUUACGGCACCAGUGCGGGUGUCUGGUCUCAGGACAAAUGGAAGGGGAAGUUUGAUGUCAAGUGGCUCUUUGUGAAAGAUGUGCCCAACAACCAACUCCGACACAUCAGGCUGGAGAACAAUGACAACAAACCAGUUACAAACUCCCGUGACACUCAGGAGGUGCCCUUAGAAAAAGCAAAACAAGUGCUUAAAAUUAUUGCUACGUACAAGCACACAACUUCUAUCUUCGAUGACUUUUCCCAUUACGAAAAGCGCCAGGAGGAGGAAGAGGUGGUGCGGAAGGAACGUCAGAAUCGAAAUAAACAAUAAGAAUAAACAUAUAUAUGGUUUGCUAUAAAUAUAUAUAUAAAUAUAUAUAUAUAUAUACUAGAACUGAUAUUAAAUUUGAUUAUGAAAAAUUGAAUCUUUUUAAAAAUUUGCUCUGAUGCUGUAUUCUGGCAUCAGGAGACUGUAAAACUUUCAGCUCCAAUAUCUUUUUGUGCAGGGGAAAUUAAAUUGUUGCAUCUUUUAAGUACAUUGUAGUGUGUGUUUGGUUUUUUGUUUUUGUUUUUUUUUUUGCCCUAGUGAAUAUGCAUUAAUUUGUACCUUUUCUAUGUAAAAUGCUGUAGAAUCCACAAAUAAAGGUGUUUUGCUGGGGUUUUUUUAAUGGUUAAAGAAGUUCAUCUAUAAUUGAAGUUUCUGAUAAAUAUUAGUAUUUCCCAAAGACUUUUUACCUUCAACACAAAUUAUGUUUUUAAUCUGAAAAUUCACUAUAAUUUUAUAUUUAUGUACUGCAGAUCCUCUUGUUUCAACAGUCUCCAAAAUUGUCUUGCUCCUUCAUGGCAAGCAUACAAAAAAAAAAACACCUUGUGUGUGUUUUACUUUUUUGUCAUUCAUUUGGCGAAAUAACAUCCAAGUCAAAAGCAUUGACAAUGCAGCAAGUUCAGAUCUCUUUGUAUAGUUCACUUUUUAUCUGUUUUGUUGAUUGGUUUUUAAAAAAAUAAUAAUCCUGAAAGCACUUUUCUGUCUUGUAGAAAAUGAAAAGGGAACAAUUCACAAGUAUCACAUCUUGCAUGGGCUGCAUAGAUGAAAAUUGUACAAAUGCAAUUUUGCACUUGCAUAAUUUUCAGUCCUUUUCAGUGAAGUUUGCAUGAGAAAUGUUCCCCUUGGGUUCUUCCUCAUGCAGUCUAAAAACAGCCUUUCAUUCAUAUCUGAUGAAUUUUGUGUGCACCUGCUAUAUCAUAUCCUGCAACAAAAAGAUGAAAUUUUCUCUGCCAUAUUUUUUUUGUGUUGUAGUUUUUUAAUGGUUUAAAUGUUUUCAGCAUUGCAGGAGCUUGGGGGCAAUGUGGCUUUUAAAGGCUUUUUUCAGCUUUCUAAUACCCAUUAAAUCAUUUUUAAUCUGUCCCCUGUUUUUGUUCUUCACCCACCUUCUCUAAAAUGUCAUUUAAAAUUUUAUACCAAUAAUGGUGAGCUUUAAUAUAGAAUCUUAGUACAGACUCAUAUGAUGGAUUAUGCUUCAGAUGUUUAAAACUGUGUGUAUGUGUCUUAUUUUUUUCUGUUGGAUGAGUAAAAACAACUGUUUUAAGAAACGGAAUUUGCUGUCAUGUUUUUGUGGAAUGAGGAAGCUAUUGAAGAAAUGGCCACCAACCGGAGUUUCAAAAUUAAGCAUGAAUUCUUGAUGCUCAUGCCUGUUGCUCUAGCACACCGAACCUGCACGUGUUUAUUGUAGAGGAUCUUUUACUUAUAUUAGAAAGCAAAUAUCUUCUGAAAUCUACUUACUCAAGAGGACCUCCGAUUUAAAUGAAAGUUUAAGCUGUAUCAUUUAGACUUGUAUUUAGAACAUAUAGCUUUGUCUCUGGACUGUUGCUUCGAAUGUAAGGAGUAAUGGGACAGCAUCAGAUUAACUUUUUUCCUCUAGGAGAAUACAAGCCUUAAUAAAUAAUACCUACUUCGCAA